CGGCAGCUUCCCCAACCGUUUUCUUCUUUCCCUUCCUGAAGCGUGAGCGAGGCCGUCAUGCCUUGGCUACUCUCCACCCCCAAGCUGGUUCCCGCCGUAGCAAGUGCCCGCAGCCUCUCAGGAUGUCUGUCCUGUUGCCAGCGGAAGUACUCCCUUCAGCCCAUCCCCAAGAGGAAGAUUCCAAACCGAUACUUGGGCCAGCCCAGCCCCCUCACGCACCCACACCUCCUCAGGCCAGGAGAGGUGACUCCAGGACUAUCUCAGGUGGAAUAUGCACUUCGCAGACACAAACUAAUGUGUCUGAUCCAAAAGGAAGCACAAGGAGAGAAAGGAACAGACCAGACAGUGGUGCUGCUGUCCAACCCCACCUACUACAUGAGCAACGAUAUCCCCUACACUUUCCACCAAGAUAACAAUUUUCUGUAUCUGUGUGGAUUCCGAGAACCCGAUAGCAUUCUGGUCCUCCAAAGCCUUCCUGGAAAGCAGUUACCAUCACACAAGGCCAUACUCUUUGUGCCUCAGAGAGAUCCCAGUCGAGAACUUUGGGAUGGUCCACGAUCUGGCACCGAUGGAGCCUUAGCUCUAACUGGAGUGGACGAAGCCUAUUUGCUAGAGGAAUUUCAGCAUCUAAUACCGAAACUCAAAGCUGAGACAAAUAUGGUUUGGUAUGACUGGAUGAAGCCCCCUCAUGCACAGCUUCACUCUGCAUACAUGCAGCCUGUGACUGAAGCCAAAGCCAGGAGCAAGAACAAAGUCCAGGCUGUCCAGCAGCUGGUGCAGCGCCUGCGGCUGAUCAAGUCUUCUGCGGAAAUUGAGCGAAUGCAGAACGCUGGGAAGCUGACAUCACAGGCUUUUAUAGAGACCAUGUGUACCAGGAAGGCCCCCGUGGAGGAAGCCUUUCUGUAUGCCAAGUUUGAAUUUGAAUGCCGGGCUCGUGGCGCAGACAUCUUGGCCUACCCCCCUGUGGUUGCUGGUGGCAAUCGGUCCAACACUUUGCACUAUGUGAACAAUAAUCAGCUCAUCAAGGAUGGGGAGACAGUGCUUCUGGACGGUGGUUGUGAGUCUUCCUGCUACGUGAGUGAUAUCACCCGAACCUGGCCUGUCAAUGGCAGGUUCACAGCACCUCAGGCAGAACUCUACGAAGCUGUUCUAGAGAUCCAGAGAGCUUGUCUGACCCUCUGCUCCCCUGGCUCAAGCUUGGAGAACGUCUACAGCCUGAUGCUGACGUUGAUAGGACAGAAACUGAAAGAGCUGGGGGUCACAAGGAAUAGCAGUGGAACCGAUGCCUUCAAGGCUGCACGAAAAUACUGCCCUCACCACGUUGGCCAUUACCUUGGGAUGGAUGUCCACGACACGCCAGACAUACCCCGCUCCCUGCCCCUGCAGCCCGGCAUGGUCAUCACAGUCGAGCCCGGCAUUUACAUUCCAGAGGAUGACAGAGACGCCCCUGAGAGGUUUCGUGGUCUUGGGGUACGGAUUGAGGAUGAUGUGGUGGUGACUGAGGACUCGCCCCUCAUCCUGUCUGCAGAUUGUCCCAAAGAGAUGAGUGACAUCGAACAGAUAUGCAGCAGGACCUCCUGACCCUUGUGACAGCCCUCACUCAUCUCAGGUUCCCCCAGAGGGGGCCCGCCCACGCCCAUGCCUGUGUGCUUCCUGCGUGUCGCUCUAUACGCUGGUACAUGCCUCACGUGGGGGUGCAGCAGCUGUACGAGUACAUGCAGUUAUCAUGUAUGUGGGGUUUUAUGUUACAAUUUCUAAAUAGGGGAGUCUGGAAACCGGAAUUUUUUGCCCACAUGUUUGUUACUGCGGCUUUAGUACCAUUCCUUCUGGAAAAGUUAGGCCUGGGCAAGUUUCAUUUUUAAAUGCACAGAAAGAGCUGGAUUGCAUGUACAAAUAGAAAAAUUCUCUUCAA